ACACCUGCAUUGGCAACAUUUUCAUUUUCACUGUUACUUAAAAAAAAAGUCACACGCCUGUAGAAGGUACCCCCAAAACGACAACACAAUUUUUGACGACAUCCCCAUCUGCACAGUCGCCCCUUUAAGCGAAAAAACGACGAUUCGUAAAAAAACGGCAAAAAAACUGCAAAAAAGCAGCUGCGUAAUCCAGCCAGCGUAUAACACCCCACCGAUAAACCACCUCUGAGAAGUACCCCCCGCCGCUAACCCCAAAAUGAACAUCCUGCAAGAACCCAUCGACUUCCUCAAAAAGGAGGAGCUGAAAAACAUCGACCUAUCCCAGAUGAGCAAAAAGGAAAGAUACAAAAUUUGGAAGAGGAUACCAAAGUGUGAAUUACACUGCCAUCUGGACCUCUGCUUCUCCGCAGACUUCUUCGUCAGCUGCAUUCGAAAAUAUAAUUUGCAGCCGAAUUUAUCUGAUGAGGAGGUGCUAGAUUAUUACUUGUUUGCAAAAGGAGGGAAGUCUUUAGGAGAGUUCGUCGAAAAGGCAAUAAAAGUGGCAGAUAUAUUUCACGACUACGAAGUGAUUGAGGAUUUGGCCAAGCACGCAGUGUUUAACAAAUAUAAAGAAGGAGUCGUCCUGAUGGAAUUCCGUUACUCUCCAACGUUUGUUGCCUUCAAGUAUAACCUUGACAUUGAGCUCAUUCACCAAGCGAUCGUGAAGGGCAUAAAGGAAGUCGUAGAAUUGUUAGACCAUAAAAUUCACGUGGCUCUCAUGUGCAUUGGAGAUACAGGCCAUGAAGCAGCAAACAUUAAAGCUUCUGCUGAUUUUUGCUUAAAACAUAAGGCAGAUUUUGUAGGCUUUGAUCACGGUGGACAUGAAGUAGAUUUAAAAGAGUAUAAAGAAAUUUUCGAUUACGUGAGAGAAAGUGGUGUGCCUCUUUCUGUCCACGCAGGGGAAGAUGUGACUCUCCCAAAUUUAAACACCCUAUACUCAGCUAUACAAGUACUUAAAGUGGAAAGAAUUGGACACGGAAUUAGGGUUGCUGAAUCGCAAGAACUAAUCGAUAUGGUUAAGGAGAAAAAUAUUUUACUUGAAGUUUGCCCCAUUUCAAAUGUGCUGCUGAAAAAUGCAAAGUCCAUGGAUACUCACCCUAUUAGACAAUUGUACGAUGCUGGAGUGAAGGUCUCUGUCAAUUCGGAUGACCCAGGAAUGUUCCUCACCAACAUCAAUGACGAUUACGAGGAGUUAUACACCCACUUGAAUUUUACCCUCGAAGAUUUUAUGAAGAUGAAUGAGUGGGCUUUGGAGAAGUCCUUCAUGGAUUCGAACAUAAAGGACAAAAUAAAGAACCUCUACUUUUAGGUAUAUCUCCCGCUGCCCGACAGAGGGGGGUGCAUGUACCUGUGAGAGAGCAGACGAAUGGGGGAGUGCCCGCUUGGAGCAGUACACCCAAGUGAAGAACGCUUUGCUUUUUCCCCACCUCUGUGGCACCCUCUUUAAAUCUUUCAACUCCUUGCCCCAUUUUUACACAACAACGUUGGCAUAUUUUCACCCCAUGAAGCGUUUAAAAAAGCGCGCAAGUGUGUGUUUCUCCCCGUGUGUAUGUAUGUGUCUUGUGUGCGCUUUUAAAAAGAGAACAUUUUUAACCCGUCGCAAAACGGGAACUAACUCUGCUCUUUUUACUUUUUGAAUUGACGACCAGUGGCGGAGGAACAGCGGCACGGGUGCGCCC